CACUCACUCACUCACUCAGCUCCAUACCAAAAGGGGGAUACCACGCAGUCCCCACAAAGAGCAUACCAUGAGGUCCACUCCCACAGCAAGGGCUGCACUCGCAUCCUCCGCAGUGCUCAGGCCGACUAUGCUCAGCUCCACUCGCCGCUUGCAGCCUCGACCAGCGGCAAUGGGAAGACCCGCCACUGCCAUGGCCGCUCACAUCCUACGCUCCUACAGGCCGGCCCUCCAGUCAUCCUCCGCCCAAUCCUCUUCCUCGUCGCCAUAUCUCAUUUCCUCCUCUUUUCAUACCUCAAGUCCUCGCUCACAGCCCAAGUCUCCCUUCCAGGCAUUCGUAGACACUCUCAAAUCCGAGCUCAAGAAGUCCCAAGAGCUUCAGGACAAUAUGAGGCAACUGCAGGGAGAGGCGGGCAAGGUGCAAGAUUCGGAGACGAUGAAGAGGAUGCGAGAGGCAUAUGAGAGGGCGAGGAUCAUAACCUCGAUCAAGGAGAACCCUCGAUUGCAGAAGGCAGCAGAGCAGCUCAGAAAGAGUGGAGGAACAGUGGGAGAUGCAGUAGGGACUGCAUUGAAGCAGAUGGAGGACAGUGAGCUCAUCAAAGGACUUGGAGCCAUCUCCUCGAGACUGUCCCGCCAAUUGGCAGACUCCACUGCGCCCAUUCGGAACACAGAAGCCUACAAGGCGUUCUCAGACACUCUCACAGAAGCCUUUGACGAUGGCGGCUCCGCUCUGCGCAUCGACACAGGCGCAGCCGAUGCUCGGGAAGCACGAAGGCUCAAGAGAGAAGCUAGACUCAGGAAGAUCGGCAGGCCGCCGCCCUCAUUUGACGUAGAGGCGCCAGAGCAGGCAGCUGAGACUGUCGAUGCUGAGGCGAGCGAGGCGGACCCUAUCGCGGCAGCUGCGCAAGCUGGAGCAGAGGCAGGAUCGGCAGGAGCCAAGGCGGCAGCUGAAGAGGACGGGGCGUCGAGCUCGACAAGUGCAGAGGGCGGUGAAGCAGGCAGCCCACCCCCUUCCCCGGAGUCAAUACCAAAGCCCAAGCCACGCAAAGUCGCAGGCUACGCUGUGCGGAUGAUUGGCGACCCCUCCGCUGGACAAGCCCUGGUGUUGCGUCCAGACUCAGCGCCAAAGCAGGCGUGGGACUCAUUCAAGGCGGAGAACCCUCUCUUCCGCAAGGCUCGCGAUUGGCGCAUGGCCUACGAUGAAUCCGAGAAUCCCUUCGUGGAGCGUGUCCGCUCCAUCACUGAGCGUGUGGGCUCCUGGUUCGAGGAGAAUGAGACAGCUCAAGUCGUGGGCGCCUUCCGUGCCUUAGACCCGGCUUUUACAAUGGAGAGCUUCCAGCGGGAUUUGCGCGAGUACGUCCUACCGGAGCUCAUCGAUGCCUAUCACGGCGCUGCCCGGCAUCUGCUUCGUCAGUGGUGCUCCGAAGGCACCUACAUGGCUCUCAUGGCUACCAUUGACCCAUACCUCUCAAAGGGCAUGCUCGCCCACGGACGUCUGCUAGACAUGAAGGGCGUGGAGAUCAUGCAGGGCAAGAUGCUCGAGAACAAUGUUCCCGUCCUCGUCGUAUCCUUCCAAACUACCGAGCUCCUCUAUUUCAAGGACGCAAAGACGGGCGAGGUGAAAGCUGGGAGGGAGGAUCAGGCAGAUCUGUGCAGGUAUGCAGUUGUGCUUACGAGGGAUGAAAAGACGCUGGGGAAUGAGGUCACGGGAGGGUGGAAGAUUAUGGAGCUUGCUAGGAGGGGACAGGGCGCUUGGUUGUAGAUCCCUAGGCACGGGGAGAGAAGACGCGAGCUGUAUCAGUAGUAGAUCUCAGGAUAGGGGAGCGCAGGAGGGUGGACCCUCACUGCACCGAGCAGGACGAUGGGCUUGUAGACACCUCACUCGCACAUUUUGCUCACACACACACAACCCAAUUACCACUUCAUCAACAUCCCAUCAUCAGUGAGAGAACCAAAGGGCAAGCAGACUGACACAAACACACACACACAGCAGCAGCAGCAGCAAUCGAAGAAGGGAGAAAGUCAAAACUCAUGAGAAUUGAUCUGCAAUUGUCAGGAGCGGUAUCAUGACCUAGUCAUUGUGGUGUAGUCGUUUUUGUGUGUGAAGAACUAUGGGACAAUAGGGAAAGGAAAAAUUGAUGAAGAAGAAUAAAGGGGUGAGAGGAGUCUUCGGAGGAGGAGGAGAAGGAGAACAAAUGGUGUGGAAAGGAGAUG